ACCACACAUGAUUUUCUCAUCCCCAAUUACUAAUACAAAAUCCUUUUUGAUGAAAAAUACAAAAUCUUUUUAGAAAAAAGGUCAAAUGUAAUUUGUAGCUUGACCGUAUUUAACCCGUUCAAAAAUCAAACCACCCCAUCUUUUCCCUCGCAGUCGCAGCCUCGCUCCACUUCAAAACUUAAGAGAGAGAGAGUAAUGAUGGAGAAGAUUAGUGAGGAUCUGCAAUCGGAGAAGCUGAAGUCACAGACUGCAAUUCGUUGCGCGAAAGCUGCGAUGCUGCUGUCUUCCCUCAAAAACGCCACAAAAGCUUUAACCACCGAUGUUCCCCAACUCCAGGUCUAUUGCACACACACAGACAACAAACUAUAUGCGUUCCAAGUUCAAGAUGAAUUGAAGAUUGAGAAGUUGAUGUUCGAGUUGGCGAAGGAGAAGCAGAAGCUGAAGAAGUUGAGGAAUUGGAUCCGAAUUUCAAUACUCUUUUACUUUAUAGUUCUGUUCAUCUAUCCAAUCUUCCUCAUUUUCCUCUGACUUUUGCAUCCUGAAAUUGCUGUGUUUUCACGCAAUUUCUGCACAAUCUCAUUACUAGUUCUCGAUUAAUUAGGUUUAUGAAGUUGUAACUCGUAUUGAUUUCGACGGUAGUGAUGAACUGAUGAUGACCGUUCAAUCUCUGAACUGGUGAGUGUUUUUCGUUGCGUUCC